AUGGAAUCACUUAAGCAGGUUAUUCAAAUGAUAAAACCGGAUUGUUUCAUGGCUUCACUGGAUAUCAGGGAUGCGUAUUAUUCUGUAGCUAUUCAUGAGUCCCACCAAAAGUAUCUUAAAUUUCACUUUAAGGGACAGUUAUACCAAUUUACUUGUAUGCCCAAUGGUCUUGCAUGUGCCCCACGGUUGUUUACCAAGCUACUAAAACCAGUUUAUGGUCAUUUGCGAGCACAGGGCUUAUUAUCAGUGGGAUAUAUUGAUGAUUCCUAUUUACAAGGGUAUAGCUAUGACGAUUGUCGUCAUAAUGUUUCUACCACCUCCACGUUUUUAUCUGAACUGGGUUUUUGCGUUCAUGAAGAGAAGUCAAAUUUCAUCCCAUCGCAAGAAAUAGAAUUCUUGGGAUUUUUAUUAAAUUCUAAACUAAUGAUUGUUAGUUUGACGCCCAACAAGUCGCGGCGGUUAAAGCAAGCUUGUGAAAAACUCAUGACACAAACUCAACCUUCCAUAAGGGAAGUAUCUGAAGUUAUAGGAAUCUUAGUGGCCAGUUUUCCAGGAGUAGAAAUGGGCCCUUUAUUUUACAGACAACUGGAGAAUGAUAAAAUUUCAGCACUUAAGGCCUGCAGGGGCCAUUAUGAUGAGGUUAUGACACCUUCCAAAACCAGUCUGGCUGAUUUGCGAUGGUGGGCGGAUAAUAUAGAAACCACUUAUAAGACAAUUUCAAAGCCUAAGCCUGAGUACACACUGUUUACUGAUGCCUCAUUGCUUGGCUGGGGAGCAAAUUUCCAGGGAAAGUCUGCAGGAGGGCAGUGGUUACCCACUGAAGCUGUGCAACACAUUAACUAUCUGGAAAUGUCUGCAGUCCUUUGGGUUUACAAACCUUUUGUUCUAGGUUCAACAUCCUCUGUCACAGAGAUUACGACUGAUGGCCUGCAGUUUAUCCGGCAAUCAAUCGAAAGUACAGGAAUCUCACCAGAGGCCACUGAAAUAUUAAUGUGUUCUUGGCGUAAGUCAACCCGGCAGCAGUACAAGGGAUACUUGGAACGAUGGACACGAUUUUGUUUAAAAAAUGGGUUUCAACCAUGUGCCCCACAGAUCAAUGAGAUUAUUGCCGAUUGUAAAUGGCUGCUAACCCCGACCCAAGGUUAUAAUGAUAUUCGACAAGCGUUAAAUAUUGAAGUUGUGAUCGCUGGCGCAAUCUCAUGUAAUCCCUUCGUUCCUCGCAAUGGAUCGGUAGAAUCCCAAUCAAACUUCACUUACAGGCUCACUGCUAUUUAGGUGUCGCAAUUUUCAAUGGAGCAAAAUGUUUCUGUUUUACAACAUUCUACAUAAAUGCUACUUUAAAAUAAUUAGAAUUUAUAAUUUUAUACAAUACAAUUA